CUCUUGCUUAAUAUUGACAUAUUAAGGCAAAAAAGAUGAAGAAAACAAACGCAAAAUUAAUCACACUCGUUCUAGGGUUUCUAUUACUCAUGAUGAUGAUGCUUAAUCUAACUCAUGCGCUACAAGGUGGAAACGUAGAUGUAAGUGGAUCCAAAUAUGAAGAUUAUGGUCUUAUGGUGAGCGGGAGUGAGCCUCUCUUGAUGGGACGAAAGUUAAGAAGUUUAAAACCAAUCGAUUCUGGAACAAAGAAAAGAUCAACGAAAGGUUCAACCUCGAGAGAUUCAGCAAACGAAAUGGAGAAUCUGAUGAGAAGCGACUAUCCUUCACGUAUGAAAGGGAGGAAAAGGACACCAAUCCAUAAUUGAUGAUAUAUAUACAUGGUCAUUAAGUAGUUUAAGAAACUUAGAAGUUCAUUAUGUGAGAAGAAAUGUUAAUCAUGAGG